AUGACUGACAAUCCCAAAUCCCGAUACAAGCGGGAUGCCAAGCAGAUGACUGCUGACAACACAAUCCGCCAUCUAAACUCCAAAAAAAGUAAAACGGAGGACGAUCUGGGCAAUAGCGAUGGCGAUGGCUGCAACACUUUAAAUUUCAGCAGCAUGGUCAACGAGCUAACAGAUAUAAAUCGUAACACGCUGACUUCCAUUCAGUUAACGAGCGCCAAGCCACUUAACACCGAACACAUCAAACUAGAUAGCAGCUUGGAGGAUUCGAUGAGCGAGGUCCAACGCAUGUUCAAAACAUUGCGCGAACUGACCGAUAUUGACGAGAAAAAGUUUAUAACUCAGAUGUGUGAUCGGCACAAUUACUUUAAAAAAAAUUAUCCACACCUGAAAGAGGCUGCUUUUGAGGCAAUGAAUUCCAAGGAGUAUAGUUCGUCCAAGGCACAAUCCAUGGCCGUUCUGGAUGCACUUCAACUGACGUUACGAACUAGAACGUUGGAGUCUAAAUCCAUUGAACCGAUUUUAAUGAUUGAACUGGAUUGUGAAUAUGAUGCCUGUUUCAUGGGAUUGGAGAGUGAGAUCUAUAAGCAAAUUAUUGACUACUUCCGGGUAAUGUUAGUUUAG